UGCUGGAGCGCGCACGGAGCUGGAGGUUGAGCUGUGGGGUCCGGGUGGAUAUGGACGGAGCUCCCAGCUGAGGAUCGGAGCCCCAUGGCCCCUGUGCAGGGGGGAGCGGGAGGUGGUGGUGGCACCAGAAUGGUCCCGGAGCAGUUUCCCAGUAGGGAGCACACAGUAUGCCCCCGACCAAGGCUGCAGUCUGGGGAUGAGGCCGGCAGGGGAAGCCGCCCUACACCAGAGGGAGCUGGGGACACAGUGGUGCAGGAGAUGGCCCCCCCGGGAGCAGUGUGCCCUUAUUGCCAGGCCAAACUGGCUGAGCUCAAGCAGGCUCUCAGACUUGCCAUCCCAGGUCCCAGUAUGAACCCGCAAUUUUCAGCUUUAAUUUUUGACAAACUCCAAGUGCCUGAGUACUUGCAGAGAAGCAGGAGUGAGGGAAGGAACACGUGCGAUGUUUGUGCCACGCAUCUGAAUCAGCUUAAGCUCCAGGCCAUUCAGAUGAUACAAGGCCUCCAUCAAGCUGGCUGUGCAGAAAUCCAAAGCUCUGCGCCUAGCGCAAUCCCCAGACUGUCAUCCCAGAACAUGGUGACAGUAUCAUCACAGAAGGAGUUGCUGAUGAUUGCCGGCCAAGUGGAGAGGCAGACUCAAAAGUCAUCAACUCUUUACCCUGGGACUGAGAAAAAGAAAUGGCCCCAGGGAGCCAACUCCAGCAUGCAAGUGACUGUGGCCCCCAGCGGCCUUGGUGGGACUCUAAGCUCAGUAACCAUCCAGGCCCAGCAAUAUCUGGAGGGUAUGUGGAGCAUCUCCAAAGUCAACAGCUUCCUGCCAACAGCUUGCCUGCCCGAUGCUCCAGAGGGGGGGAGGGAGAACCGAAGUAACGAUACUUCCUACGGCCAGAGCUCCACUGAACAGACCGUAGCUGCAACCUCUCUAGUGUCGCCAGCCGGGGUGUCCUCUGGAACUUCAGCUGCAGCGUCCUUCUUCAUCAGAGCGGCGCAGAAGCUGAAUCUGUCGUCAAAACGCAAAAAAUAUCACCCACCUCUGUCUCACUCCCGAGAAUCUUCCACGUACUGCACCAACUUCAGUGGUAUCCUGCACCUAUGCCCUCCGCCUGUGCCACCUUCUUUAAUAAGAGCUGUGUCAAAAAUGAAGGAGAACCCAGGGAUGGGGAAGGUGAAGGUGAUGCUGCGAAUCUGCCCCUCGCCAGGAGCAUGUGACACCUCGGAAUCCAUGUCUUUCCUUAAGGUAGAUCCGCGGAAAAAGCAGGUGACGCUGUACGACCCGUCCACUUGUGGUUCGUCCGUCUCCAGCCAGAGGAGAGCUGUCCUCGCUGCACCAAAGAUGUUUGCAUUCGAUUCUGUGUUUCCCCAGGACGCCUCUCAGGCUGAGGUUUGCUCCGGGACGGUCGCUGAGGUCAUUCAGUCUGUGGUGAGCGGCGCAGACGGCUGCAUCUUUUGCUUCGGACAAGUCAAGCUUGGAAAAUCAUAUACAAUGAUUGGCAAAGAUGCCUCUACACAAAGCCUCGGUGUCGUUCCCUGCGCAAUCUCCUGGCUUUUCAAGCUAAUCAAUGAACGCAAAGAAAAGACUGGAACUCGCUUCUCCAUCCGUGUGUCGGCUGUAGAAAUCUUCGGCAAAGAUGAAAACUUGAAGGAUUUGCUGGCGGACGUAGCCAGCGGCAGUGCGCAGGACGGGCAGUCCCCGGGGGUGUAUCUGCGCGAGGAUCCUGUAUGUGGGACUCAGCUGCAAAACCAGAGCGAGCUGAGAGCCCCAACCGCAGAAAAAGCCGCUCAGUACCUUGACGCCGCGCUGGCUGGCAGAAGUACGAGUUCCCCUGACUGCGACGAGGAGGGCAGGCGCAACUCGCAUAUGCUUUUUACUCUUCAUAUAUAUCAGUAUCGAAUGGAGAAGAGCAGCAAAGGGGGAAUGUCCGGGGGACGCAGCCGCUUGCACCUCAUCGAUCUUGGGAGCUGUGAAAAAGUUCUGAGCAAAAGUCGUGAAGGAGGAAGUAAUCUAUGUCUGUCUCUGACUGCUCUUGGGAACGUUAUCCUGGCCUUGGUGAAUGGAGCAAAACACGUCCCGUACAGGGAUAGCAAACUAACCAUGCUGCUACGGGAGUCUCUGGGCAACAUCAACUGCAGAACUACAAUGAUCGCGCACAUCUCAGAUUCGCCAGAGAAUUACCUGGAGACCCUCACAACGGUUCAGAUAGCAUCGCGCAUCCAUCGCAUGAGAAAGAAGAAAUCCAAGUAUGCUUCCAGCUCAUCUGGUGGGGAGAGCUCUUGCGAAGAAGGCCGAGUCCGAAGACCCCCUCACAUGAGACCUUUCCACCCCAGGACUGUGGCCUUGGAUCCAGACUUUCCUACUCUAGGCUUCCAUAGUGAUCCAGAUUAUUCUUCCAGUAGUGAGCAGUCAUGUGACACAGUCAUCUAUGUUGGCCCCAACGGUGCAUCAUUAUCUGAUAGGGAACUGACAGACAAUGAGGGACCUCCAGAGUUUGUCCCUAUAAUUCCCUCGCUUCUCAAGAAAAGGAGUAAAGAAAAUGUGUCCAGUAUUAGAAAACCUGACCAUGAUCACUUUAAGUGCAAUACAUUUGCGGAGCUUCAGGAACGAUUAGAGUGCAUUGACGGCAGUGAGGAACCUGCACGGUUUGUCAUUGAAGAAGCCAGUGUGGUGGCCGUGCUCUCUACUAAAGUUAUGGACUGUGAGGGAAAUCAACCUUCUAUUCUACUGAAGGAUAAACCAUUACAGCCCACUGUUUGCAAAAGAACUAUUGUACCGGACUUAAUGUCCCCCCAAAAGGGACAAAAUGGGCAAGGUCUAAAUACUCCUAAUGAAAUUGUUUCUGCUUGUGAAAUGGGUGCUCCCCAAGCCAAGCACCCUCAGCAACAUGCCAAAGCUGAUAGUGCCAGGCUGGACUGUGUCUCAGAAGAAGAACGGCUGACAAUCAUGGAUUUACAGAAAUCUUCAGUGCCAAGUGUCUGCAGACCACAGUUAGCUACAGUUCCUUCAGUGAAGGAGAAAAGCCUCAUAUUGAAGCGAUCUCUACCCAGCCCAGCGCCACCACCGCCACAGUCCAGCUGCCAACAAUCAUGUAAGGGUAUAAGGACACCACCUGUGGGAAUGAGCCACAUGAGUAGUGAAGAGAAGCACAAUUUAUUGGGCCGCACGCUGCCUGUUACCUGUAGCACUCCUAAGCAGACCGGACCUUUAGGGAUACACAGGUUUCACUCUGCUAUUAAGGGAAAGUGUUUUGACCGUGAUAUAUUGACAACUACUGUCACUUUACAGCAACCAGUGGAACUAAAUGGAGAAGAUGAACUUGUAUUUACUGUUGUUGAGGAACUGUCCAUUGGCAGCGUCCUUGAGAAUGGCCGACCAUCCAGUAUUAUUAGCUUUAACAGUGACUGCUCUCUGCAGGCCUUGGCAUCUGGGUCUAGACCUGUGAGUAUUAUUAGCAGUAUUAAUGAUGAGUUUGAUGCUUACACCACCCAGUUGACUGCUACUGGUGUAAACAUUGAUAUUAUGGUCCCGCUGGCAGACAAACAAUGCACAAACAGCAGCAGACGCUCAUCACUUAGUUCCUGGCUUAGCGAAGUAAGCAUUUGCACACUAAAAAGUGACGGAGCACAGACUUAUGAAACUUUUGUUCCUCAUUGUUCUCAUAAAAACAAUGAGAUUGUAGAGAGUUUGAACCUUGAAUCAGCAAAUACUGCUCAGCUGGGGGAGAGCCUAAAACGUUCUUUGAAUGACAGUGGAUUCUGUUUUUCAGACCUGGAUAGUGAAAGUAUUAGCUCUUGUCCAUUAACUGCAAACAACGAUAGCCUCAAAUCGUCUGUGCAAACCAAAGCAUCUACAUGUGCAGAAACCGAGCCUAAAUCAGGCAGCGCUCGGGGGAACAUAUCAGUAGAAACCAUCCAUUCUAGUCUUCCUCGGAGAAAUAAGACUACCUCAAGCACAACUGAAAAUCAUGCAUUGAUUCACGCGGAAGACACACGUGAAAAUCCAUGGUUGAUAAGAAUGGAUAUCAAUAUGGAAAAGAAAACUGAAAAUCAAACUUUGUCUACAAAAUCUUCCAUUUUGGGCUCAGACAAUCAGUUGAAACAAAGCUCAAACGUUGCACAAGGUCCUAGCUUUGUGCCAAAAGCCAUGAAAUCGCACACUACACUCACGUGCUCGCCAAGAAUUGUUGAUGGAUGUGAAGUGGACCCUAAGUUAUCGCCCAGAAAGACUGAGAUGCUAACAAAAGUCCCCCAACUCAAAAGAGGGGCCACUACCCUAGGUGUUGUAUCAAACUACAGUCCAAAUUCCAGUUCCAUGAGUAAGGGGACAUCAAAUGUUGUUUUUUCUGCUGGAAGCUUAAAAUCAUCAGGGGGCAAUAAGAGUUUGCAGCAGAAAGCAAGUAUGCUGCCAAGGCCUGGUGGGACCAUACCUCCAGCCCCCCCUGUACGAAAAUCAAGUCUGGACCAGAAAUAUAUUCCUCUUCAGGUCAAUAGUAUGAGUAAGUCUGAUGGGCUGGAGUGGAAUGGGUCUGGCCUGUCAAAUUCAGAGGAAGAUACGGAAGCAAAAUGCAGCAUCAAAAUGGUUUUCAAAGGCGAUCACUCGUUGCCCAGAACCUCAUCAAGCUUAAAGACUAAGAGCAACAAAGCAGAACCUUUUCAGCAUUAUGGUAGCCAUGUGUCUCUUGAGAGAUGUGACAGCUUAAUAUCUCUGGGUUCUAGGACAAGUGGGGCUCGUGAUAACUGCAGCGUUAACAAGGGUGGGAGGUCAGUUCCGAGACUUGGGGUCCCAUCAGCCACUGUUACCUCACCAUCUUCCUGUGCCGCACCUUCCAAAACCAACCAAGCCAAAAGUUCACUGUCACAGAAAGCCUCAACGAGUUUAAACAAAAACCGCAGCUUAGCUGCAAAUGGUUCAAGGUCACUUAGUUCCUCUGUAAAGUCGUUAAAUCACUCUAACGCUAAGAACUCUGGGAUGCCACCCAGUGGGAAAUCAGGUUCACGAUCAAUACAGAGUGUCAACAGCAAACCUGCCAGGGGGACAAUUAUGGGGACUAAGCAUGCACUAAGAGCCGCUAACAACCGUGUGAAUGAGCUGGCCUCCGGGAGUGCUGGGAAAAUGAGCCAUUUCAGGAAAUCAGCAGACUCUGACAGUGGAAAUGACAGUGGAGUUAAUCUUAGUGAUGAAAAAUCACAAACCCCAGUGUUGCCGUCACCUUAUAGUAAAAUAACUGCGCCCAGACGCCCACAGAGAUACAGCAGUGGGCACGGUAGUGAUAACAGCAGUGUGUUAAGUGGGGAGCUACCUCCAGCCAUGGGAAGGACGGCCCUGUUUUAUCACUCAGGUGGUAGCAGUGGAUACGAGAGUAUGAUUCGUGACAGUGAAGCUACUGGGAGCGCAUCAUCUACGCACGACUCCAUGAGUGAGAGCGGGAUGUCCUCGUCUGGUCGCAUGAGAAGCUUGAAAUCGCCAAAGAAAAGAGGUGUGCAGCGCCGGAGGUUGAUACCGGCUCCUUUACCAGAAGCAGCGACUGGGACCGGCCAGUGGGUGGAUCUCCCACCCUUACCAGGAACCUUAAAAGAACCAUUUGAGAUAAAAGUGUAUGAGAUUGAUGACGUUGAGAGAUUGCAGAGGCACAGAGCAGAGGAGCUGGAGCCUUUCCAGGAUAUGGACAAGGGGCUUAUGUACUUUAACACCAAACUAAAGCUGCUUGAAAAACGCCAGCAACGGAUUCGAGAUGUGAAGGCAAAGCACGACUUGCUGAAAGCGGAGCUGGAGGAGACCAAGUGCAGGCUGAUGAUGGAUCCAGACAAGUGGCGAGGGCAGUUUGAGGUAGACACAGAUUUGGACAUGGAGUCGCAGGAAUACCUGGUUGCACUCGAGCGAGUGACUGACGAGCUGGAACUUUGUGUUAAUGUCUGUAAGGCUCAUGUGAUGAUGGUCACCUGCUUCGAUAUUGGAACAAUCGCUGAACAGAAAGACCGAGGACGUGAAGUGGAAGUCUGAGAAUGACGGGAAAGAGAAGCGGAUGUUGUAGAGAGACAUGUAAAUGGUUGUACCGUGCGUAAAACAUUUGUUAGAUGGAAUGCAAAAAGAAAAGUCCCAUAGAAUGUUAUUGGUUUGAAACUGAUACUGAACGAUAAUGUUUAUAAAUCAGCGUGGUGCCUCAGGACUAUAAAGAGAUACGAUAAUGUGCAAGCCCAAGUCAUGUGACCUUCUGUAGCGAAAUGCGUCGGUCUCAGGGCAGAAAUCACAGUCAUUAAAUACACAGAAAAAUCUUGUCAAGAUAACAAUGGAAGUGCCUUUUAUCAUAUAUUUCUUGUUUUUAUUUGGUGCUAAAAUCAAAGCCAGCAACCCAAGCAGAGCGCAAAAUGUAUUAUCAUGAAAUGUUUUCUACAGUGUAAAGACUAUGGAGCAGGAGCAAUAAUUUAUGUUUUCGUACCUGAAUUUGCCUUCUGAUUUCACAAAAUCCCUGUACAAGACUCCUAGCAUUUCUCUGGCUAAAUACUCUGGAUAUUUUGUAUGACCAUGUAUCAUAUUGAUGGUAAAUACGCCUUUGUCAUUAAUGUUUUCAUUUUUUUAUUGUUCCUUCCUCAGUGAUAAUUGUCUGACAUGUUUACAUAAGGUUUUCCCUUUUUUUCUAAAGACACUAAUCCAGCGCACUUUUAUUUACCUUGUGCCAGUUUUGUAAGGAAGGCAAAACCUCAGGUAACGCCGCACGUGCUGCACGUGACGCUGACUGCCAAACCCCUUGUGUGUCAUUUCAUAACAAUCAUAUUUUCUCACCAUUGUGUUUUUUAUAUGAGGUUUACAAGACCUAUGUAUAAAUGUAUAAAAUGUUACUUCAGCUUUUAUUUGUGAAUAAAAGAUACAUUUAUUGUUAA